GCACACUCACACCACUCUGUCACACACCCAAACCCUGCCCCCCUUCCUGUGACAUCACUGGGAAGUUGUGUUUAUAAAGUAGCCACAAGAAUGCAGCGUGUUCGGCACAGUGGUUGCGCGGAGCGGACAGAGGGCUGUUUUCAGAAGCAUGGCCAGAGAGGAGAGAGGACUAACUCAGUGACUCAGUGACUCAGUGACUAACUUACCGCUCAGGUGAAGAGGUGGAUAGCAGUCCUGUCAGUGGAUGCCUGCAUGGAUUGACAUGCGGGGGCAAACAAAAACACUGAAAUGUCCCCAUUCCAUCACAUCUGUGUGACUCAGAUCGGACAGGAUUAAAAUAGAGCUGGAUUCUCCAGAGAGAGAGAGGAGAGAGAGCGAGAGUGACUGUGAGAGAGGAAUCCACGCCGCGUAAACAGACCAGCCUCAACCUGUAGGCCCUGCUGACCGCCCCAAGGCGCAAGAUCAGAAUCGGCUAAGACAACCUCAUGAUUUCAAAGAAGCGCAUUCCAUAAACCAUGCUUUGGUCGUCAGCCCCGGAGACUGGGUCCUCGGAGGGGCAAGGGAGGCACUUUUUGUGGAAUUGAAAGCGUAAUUGUGUGCAUCAGAUCUUCCAGCCCCUUUGCACUCAGUUCCCCUCCAUACCCCUCUUCCUGCCUCAGAGAGAGAUUUCCCCUCAGAUGGGAUGCACUGCCACAUCAGAGGAGUUAACCCAAUCCAGAGGUCAACACAAGCCUGAGAGCUGCAUCGGGCCCAGAUCAGACCCAAACUAAGGUUCUUCCCUGAUAGGAAAAUAAACCCCCCCUUUCAUAGGAUUUAAUCAGAUCUCCUGCCACUUUCUCUUCGGUGCAGCUGCUUGGUGCCUGGAGGACUCGGGUCGGGUCUGAACCCGGAUCUGUGCAUGAACUGGGUGGAGGUCUGAAGGGGACUCUGGGCUUGCGCUGCCAUGCAGGAGGAAGUUUUAGGCUUUUUCACAGACCUCUGGACCACGGCCACCACCAAGCACGACGAGGGCAUCUACAACACGGUGUGCCUGGUGGUGUUGCUGGCGCUGCCGUUGGUGGUGUUCCUCACCGCGCUGGUGGUGUGCUGCCACUGCUGCUGCUGUCGUCACGACUGUUGCUGUGGCGACGGCACGAACGGUCACAGGUCAGACAAGAGGAGGAACAAGAGCAGCAGCUCUAAAAACGAGGACUUAUGGAUUUCGGUUAAAUCUGGACCCUUGACUCCUGACGUGGUGGGUUUGAGUAUGGUGUAGAGGACACGUGUGUCCAACCUCAGGUCUGAGACAGACGUCUGGUCACCCUUCUGCUUCUUUUGUUUUCCUUGUUUUCCUCCUACAUCUUGUUAAAAGGUACAAGUCAUGGUACUGCAUGAAACCGUGGGCCGAGAGAUUGGACAAUGAAUGUGCCUGACUGAAGGAACUUUCAUCCUCUGUGUGUGUGUGUGUGUGUGUGUGUGUGUGUGUGUGUGUGUGUGUGUGUGUGUGUGUGUGUGUGUG